UAGAAGUUUCAACGCCGGUUUACAUCUAAAAGGUUACUUUUUGGUGUUUUAUUUCUGAAUGUUUGUCAAUCUGGAUUCUGAAAAUAAGUUGCAAUCAUGCAUCGAGACACAACCAAGAUUAUUGAAUGAACAACCUACAUCUUGCAAAGGUGUUUGAUAUUGUUUGUUUAUUAGCUAUUUGCAUUUUAGUGCAUUUGAAAUUUAUUAUUUGUUGCGAAUUGUGCUGUUGUGUUUACUUAGUCAAUAUGAGUAAACAAGUAAAGGCCUGCUGUGUAUUAGGAUGUACGAAUAAGCAAGCGAUAAGGUGAAAGUAAUAUUUACUAUUUAUAAACAUAAAAAUAUUCAAAUUGAAAUCAAGUUCAUAUCUAUACGAUAAUAACUCUUUUCAUCCUAACUUCAUUAAUUUGUAUUUAGGAAAUCAUUUUGUUGAAUGGUUAAAUAUGUUUGCAGAAUUUGGUUGCAAAGAAUAAAUAACCCCAAGUUAAUGCGUGCAGAUACAGUAUUAUCCUCACAUAGAAUAUGUGGUAUUCAUUUUGAAUAAAUUUGUAGAAACCCCAUUGGCAGGUUAAAAAAACUUUCAUUGCCAACUCUACAUUUACCUGGCAAGUACUUAUAUUUACUGUGGCAAUAAACCUCUUAUGAAUCCUAGUGAAAAGCUAUGCAGAGGAAGAGAAUUGCCAUUUUUGUUUGUAGGUUACGAAAAAGGUGAAAAUGAUAUUUUUUGGGUACAGGAGCAACCAUCUUCAUUUUCAAAUCCAAUAAGGCUGAUAGAAUCAAUUGCAAGGACUAGUUCCUCUAUCAGCACCUUUACUGGUAACAGCCCAAUAGAGGGAACAAAAAUACCUGUUAAGGUGUACACAAUGAAGCAUUUAUUUCAUACCCUUGUUGAAAAACCUUGUAGCUCCUCGAGUAUCCUGUAUGAACCAUCAAUAUCGACUAAUAUAGAAACAGAUAAACUUUAAGGGCACUCGAUUGUGACAGAAUGUUUAAAGAAGAAGAAAAAACCCACGCGAUGGCACGGGGACAGUUUAGUGCUUGGCCGGUCGCAUUUGUUCAGUGAACUUGCCCAGCUGACUGGACUUAAGGAACCCGUUUAAAAGACUGAAGAACUUAAUUCCAUAGUCGGAAAUGCUUUUAAGAUGGCUUACGCGGCGCAGCUGCAGAAGCAAACGACUUUCCAAGAUGUGAUCACGUCCCAAACGCAACAAGAUAAAGUAGUUUGGACAAAAGAUUUCACGUCCGGUUUAAAGAAAGAAAAACCAUCGGCACCACCGCAGACGUUACCGAAAGAAGCGAAUCUUUCCGAAAUGGACGUUCAAUUAUCAGACGCUUCGACGUUACGACUCUCGCCGCCGUCUUCAAUACCGGGCCUGAAAACCGCCCAAAAAAAUAAAUUCGGGGUUAAUUCUCCAAAUGUCGAUAAAAAUAUUAAUUCCCAAUUAUCGACGCCGAGUAGCGAUGAAAGCAAUUCGCCUACCGAAAUGAAUUCUUACAAGAGAAUGGCCGAGAAACCUCCCUUGAUAAAAAGGAUAGCAAUGGGGUUGACUGGGAAUAGUAAUAACCACAGCGAUGAAGAUAGCUGUCCAUUAGUUAACGAUAACACAUCUAGUAUUCCAGGUAGUCCAACAAAUCGACCUUUAUCCGGCGGAUACGUAAACGAAAGCGAAGAAUCAAAAAACAAAUCUAACAACACUGUAGAUAAUUUAAAAAACGAAAUCGAAAAUAAUUCGAAUUUAUCGAAACGUAUCGAUGCCGAUACAACCGUUAAAAGCGAUUUUAAAUGCAAACGUAUGUCGCAACUAAGUUCGAGUAGUUCCAGUACGGGACCACCUAACGCUCAAGACUCUAACCUUAUAGGAUUUACACCAACACCUCCGCCAUUACCCGAAAGAACGGAUUCCCUAAACAACAAAGAAGAGGGGGAAUUAAGAUUAGCCCCGUGGUUUCAAGCCGGUAUCCCUAGGGAAAUAGCUCUGGAGAUUUUAGGACAGGAACCAGUCGGGGCGUUCAUGGUUAGAGAAAGUACCAGUAAACCGGGAUGUUUUGCGUUAUCGUUGCGAGUACCGAGGAGUUUUCAACCGACUGGUAUCGCGCAUUACUUAAUCGUGAGGGCUAAUAAAGGCUACAAAAUUAAGGGCUUCACGAAGGAAUUCACCUCGUUGACUUCUUUGAUAACGCAUCAUUCGGUUAUGCCGGAAUUACUUCCGUGUCCGUUAUCUUUGAGUCGAUAUCAUCCCAGUUUUGUGAAAUCGGAUUCAAAACGGGAUUUCGCCGAUAUCGAUUUGGAUCCGGAUUAUAAUACUCUCGCCGAUUUUAGAAAAAUGAUGGCGGAUUUGAACGUGUAGUGACAAAUCAAAAUACACUAAAAAAUUGUUAAAAAAAACGACUGAUAGUUGUAGAGGACUAUACUUUUCCCAGUGUAUUAACUAGUCCGUGUUUAUUGCAGUGAUUGUGUGAUUGAAAAGACGCAGUUUUUUGUGUAACAUGUGAUAUAUUUUUCGAAAAAAACUUUUUUUUUAAACGAAAAACCUAGCUCGAGCUGUAUUAUUCAAACUAUGGACUAAUAUUUAUAUUUUUUUAUUACUAACUCAUUUUUUUAUAUUACAGAUGCCAUUAUUAACAACUACAAAGUUUUCUUCUUUUCCAACCGAUAUUAGUUGAGCCAUUCGUUAGUAGAUGACGCUGGGAAGUUGUUUUCCAUCAUUACAGGUUAUUACAUUUUCCGAUAUAAAACAGUUAUAUUUUUAAAAGCGCCAUCUACAUUUAUUUAUUCAAAAUAUAUAAUAUACAUAGUGUGUUCGAAAAGUUCAUAAUUUUUAAUAAAUUGGAAAAAUUAUUGUUGAUUUUACUUUUUUAUUUUCUAUUAAGUGAUUUGUUGGACCAAUGAAUAAUUUGUUGAUAAACGUUGUAAAAAUUUAAUAUAAAACCCUAGUCUUAACAAGUGCGUAAAAUUUUUGUAAAUAUAUUUAAUAUAUAUAUGACAGAUUUUUUCGAAUUUUCGAUAUAUUUUUACGAAAUAAUUGUUAAAAGUCAAUUGUUGUAAACCUAAUUUGUAAAUUGUUAACGUAAUAAUAAAUAAAUUAAUCAUUAAA